CGCGUCGUUUUCCGGCUUUCCGGACUCUUCGGAGGCAAGAUGGCGUCGAGCAGCGGGGCUAAAAACCUAGACUUCCGCCGAAAGUGGGACAAAGAUGAAUAUGAGAAGCUUGCAGAGAAACGACUUACAGAGGAAAGAGAGAAGAAAGAUGGCAAACCAGUACAGCCUAUCAAGCGUGAGCUUCUGCGGCAUCGAGACUACAAAGUGGAUCUGGAAUCCAAAUUGGGAAAAACUAUUGUUAUUACCAAAACUACUCCUCAGUCUGAGAUGGGAGGGUAUUAUUGUAAUGUAUGUGACUGUGUAGUGAAAGAUUCCAUCAACUUCCUUGAUCAUAUCAAUGGCAAAAAACAUCAGAGGAACCUUGGUAUGUCCAUGAGAGUAGAGCGUUCUACUCUGGAUCAGGUGAAGAAACGUUUUGAGGUGAACAAGAAAAAAAUGGAGGAGAAACAGAAGGAUUAUGACUUUGAAGAGAGGAUGAAGGAGCUCAGAGAAGAGGAGGAAAAGGCCAAAGCCUACAAAAAGGAAAAACAGAGGGAGAAGAAAAGGAGGGCAGAGGAAGACUUGACAUUUGAAGAGGAUGAUGAAAUGGCUGCUGUAAUGGGUUUCUCUGGUUUUGGCUCAACUAAGAAAAGCCACUGAUAAGAAACUCUAUUUUGGAUGGCUACUGUUUCUGCCCUGAUGAUGCUUCAAAAUCCUAGAAAGACUUUGCAAAGAACUUGUAUCUAAAUAACCUGAUACAAGUUGGGAAACAAUUCCACACUUCCCGUGUGGGGCUGGUUCUGCCCUACAAUAAUGAAAACUUCCCUGGUUGAGAAGAUAGCACCACAUUUGCCUGUGUGUUGGUAACUCUAAAUCUCAAAUAAAAAUACUAUCAAAUAAUAUCUCCCCUC